AUGGCUAACCGCGACGACUUUCAGAAGCAGCUGGCUGCUCUUGUUGCUGAUGCUAAAGCAAAUAACCUACAUUUUGGCGAUAUCCUGCCAGACAGCCUAAAAGAGCACAUUCACGGGCGAGCGCGAGAGUACAUCAAGGAGCUUGAAGCCCGUGAGAAGGUGUUGCAGGCCGACAAGGACGCCAUGACGAAGGAACUGUACAAGAAGCAAGCGGAAAUCGAUAAUCUUCCUGCAGAGCACGAGGCCCGGAAGGUCGAUUUGCAACAAGCCGAACGCCAAAUUGCUCUCCACAAAGAAAUGUCUGUGAAUCUUACACAGCGUGUGGACCGUUACCGGCGUCAGCUCGACGACAUCGUAGACCAAAAGCAAGCUGAUGUCGCUAACGCUGAGAAGAUCGAGUUCUUGAAAACUCAGACGAAGGACCAGCAAGCUAUCAUCAAAAAGCUCAUGGAAGACAACCGUAAGUCUGAAGCAAUGUUUGAAAUACUACGCGAGGCCGAUGCAAAGGCUCUAGAACGCAAGGACGAACAACUAGCGAAGAAAGACAUCGAACUGGGUGAGAAGAACGUUUUACUUGCCGAACUCCGUCAGAUCGCCUAUGAUGCAGAAACACAUGUCGAUUCCUCUCCAGAUGACUCUUGCGAGCUGCUGGAGGAAAACAUUGUCCUAAUGUCACAAAACGUUUCUCUAUCAGACGACAACGAAGCUUGGAAGGAACAAUACAGCAUCGUCAAGGUUCAACUCAUUGAACUCACGGAACUCUACGAACGUGCUGAAGUACACCAGCGUAACAGAGCCAAGCUCUUUGCUGCUGCUGUAUCUGAGAUAAAGACGCUGAGUCGCUUCUAUAAGGCUGCCUUCAGUGUUUUGAAUGACUUUGCCAACGAUUUCAACGCAGCAAAGGCGAGCGUUCCGUCGCCAAUUGAUGUUGAAAGUCGGCUUCACGCAGCGCAUGAUGCUCUGGCUGGCUAUGCUAGUAUUAGGAAAGUUGUUCGGGCGGACACUGAUAGGCCCAGCAACGAUGAGGAGGAAGUCACACUUUGCAAAGAGCUGGACUCAUUGGGUACAUCAGCCGCAGACUCUAUGAUCAGCAUCGAAGUACUCAGCACUGGUCUUUGGCGCUUUCUUGCCCAGCUGUCUGAUGACCCGAAGCUAUUGUCACAGCUAAACAGUGUUUUGUACCCCAGCGGUACCUCGAACCACCCCACCUUCGCGCUCACAUCGACCGCCGCCAUGUCGGGCGCCGUCGCGACAGCGCGGCCUACCCAGGCUCUACGCGUGCGCCGCGAAUCCCAGCGGCCGGGUGUUGCGCGCGUCGUCACCAAGUCAAACAAUAUUGAGGAUGAGAGCACGAAGCCAGAGCCUAAACUCUACGUGUAUACGCAAGAAGCUAUUCUGGCACGGCACCGCGACAAGCUGCCCUCAAUGCGCGUCUACCUCUUUCCGAACCACUUUCGCAUCAACGACUCCCAAGAGACGCUGACCUAUGCCUCACCCAUGAGGGAGAUCCUCAAUGCCCUGCGCAAGAAGGAGCUUCCUCAUAACAUGCUUGAAGAGCUCUACGCCAAUGGCACGCCGUUCUACGACGGCUGCCUGAUCGUCGAAGUCCACAACUACCGCAACAAUACCGCCAAACCCAAGGACACUGGCAACGGCGUAGGCGAUGGCAACAAGACAGCCUUCUCGAUCCACGUCAAUAAUAAUUUCAUCACCCCAUCACCCUACGGAACGCAUCCGAGUAGCAAGCCUGAGCCUAAGACCAAUGGCGCUGCGGCACAGGCCAAAGAGGCCGGCGACAAAGAGGAUAAGGAAAACAUGCCCGCACCUAGCACGAACGGCGCGUCACAGAAAGUUCCCGCAAGCGGACCAAAAGUCACGACUGUGGUGUUGUUUCCCUCUACGCAGGCUCAGUUGGCCGACAUGUCAAUACUUGCCACUACGCCAGCCACGGACACCGCUGCUCUCAAAAGAAUACAGGCAGCCGGACGCGGCGCAGGGAUGCCGCCCACUCCGCUGACUGCCGUACCGCCCACACCUACCUUUCCUGGAGGGCCCAGCCCAAAACGCCAGAAGAUGAUGAUAGAUGAUAGCAAUGUGCACGAGUUUGAGGCCGAACUACUCAAUGCAACCUGCCCAAAGCUGUACCUGGAACCUACCAAGAGCUUCGCAGAAUCCGUCGCUCUGAUCGAUGCCAUGACCCACCCAAAUAACAAUAACCCACCGCCAGAACGUAAGGCUCGUAAGAGAACCACGGCCGAGCUUGCAGCCGACGAAGCGGAUGCGCAGAAUCUUCAAAGCUUCAUGCUUGCUGGAGAUGAGCAGCAGGCGACCCUCAACAAUACCACUGCUGGUGGCGAUGAGGGUGCCGUACGCGCUGCAGCAAACACUGGGUCUUUCGCACGAUUCAAAACUCUCGCCAGUAUCAAGGCCAAUCAUGAAGAGGCUGACCGCCGCAAGAAGGAAGAGGACGCCCGUCAAGCGCAGGCGAAAAGGCAGGCACAGUUGGAGUCAGAAGCACAGAAGCGGAGGGACAUGGAGGCCAAUCGCCAACAAGCCGAGGUUCAGGAGCAGCGACAGCAGCUGUUGGCACGUCAACAAGCACAGCAGCAGAUGUUACAGCAGAACCAAAUGCAGCAGAACCAGAUGCAGCAGAACCAAAUGCAGCAAAACCAGAUGCAGCAGAAUCAAAUGCAGCAGAACCAGAUGCAGCAAAACCAGAUGCAGCAAAACCAGAUGCAGCAGAACGAAGCUCUCCGAGCUGCACAGGCGGCCCAGAUGUCAAGCGCUGCCGCAGCUCAAAUCUCGCAAACGCCGCAAUCUGCCACACAGAAUCAGUUUUCGCCCAGUGUGCGCCAGAAUACACCCAUGGCAGCGGCAGCAGCCUCGCCUCGUGUUGGUGGCCAAUCAAGUCAUCCCAUGGGAGGUACCCCUAUGGUUGCGACGGCUUCGAAUCAUGCUAUCGCCAGCCCUGCUCGACCCCCAUCGUCCAUCUCGCAUCACCCGAUGGCACGCACUGCUAGUCAGCAACAGGGUUCUAUGAGCCGCACCAACACACCCCAGAUGAUGCAAGGCACACCUGUCAUGAAUUCUGCUAUGCCCAACCGCAACAUGACGCCUACACCACGCAUGAACCAAGGCAGCCCUUCCCUACAGGUGCAAGGUGCAACGCCAAUCAUGAUGCAGACGCCCCAGUCUCAGAAUAUGACCCCUGAGCAAAUGCAAGCGAUGCAAGCGCAGCAGAAUCAGCAGAGAAUGCAGCAGCUACGUCUGCAACAAUUGCAGAAUCAGCAACAGUUGAAUGGCAUGUCUCCUGGCGGUCAGAAUUUGCAGCAAUUGGCCAUGCAAAAAGCGCAGAUGCAUGUACAGUCCCAGGGUAUACCUAACGGGCAGAACCCGCAGAUCUAUCAACAACGCCUUGCGCAGGGUUAUUUCCAGCAGCUCAAACAAGCUCAGGCAGCACAAGCCCAGCAGCAGAACCAACAGCAGAACAUGAAUCACAUGUCGCCUCAGCCCCCCCAGAACACCAUGUCCACCCAGCAAGCUUCGAAUAAUAUGACGAACAUGAGCGUGGCACAGUUACGAAGCCAGUACCAGCAGCGUAAGCAGCACUUGCUGGCAACAUUUGGUCAGCAGGUGCCGCAGCAACAUGUUCAACAGAUGCAUCAACUCGAGCAACUCAUCCGCAACAAAGAACAAGCUCAGCUUCAAGCACAACAACAAAUGGGUCAAAACCAGAUGAAUAUGAACCAGGGUAUGCAAGGUCAAGUUCCAGCCGGUCAAAAUCCUAUGCAGAUGCAACAGUAUCAGCAAGCUUUGUUUCAGCAGCGUGCUCAAGCACAGCGCAACGACCAGCUCAUGCGCAUGCGUCAACAAGCCAUGCAACAAGGUGGCCAGAUGCCCCAGGGCAUGAUGAACAACAUGCAGAGCAUGGGCAUGAACAACAUGCAAGGCAUGAACAUGGGCAAUAUGCAAGGCAUGAAUAUGCAGAAUGUUCAGAACAUGCAGGGCAUGCAGGGCAUGAACUUGGGACAAAUGAGCCAGCAGCAAGUGCAGCAAAUGAUGAUGAUGCGCCAGGCGCAGGCACAGCAACAGCAACAGCAGCGUAUGCAGCAGCAGGGCGACAUGAAUUGGAAUGGCGUGUAG